AUGCCAUUUUACGGCGUUUGUUUUAAUCCAUUCAAGCAAAAGAACGUAAUAAAUGUAUUUGCUGUCGCUGGCGGGCGAACGGUGAUUAUAGCUACAUUUGAAGAGGUCGAGGAAACUGACUUAGCUCUGGCCGGGGAUAAACCGAAGAGGGGUCGCAUCAGAGUGCUACAGACAUAUACGGAUGAGAAUGUUUCUGAAAAUUUCUACUGCGUUGCUUGGUCGUACGAUCCAUUAACGGGGGCACCGUGGGUUGCCGUUGCUGGGGCGAGUGGAUUAAUCAAGAUUAUUGACACUAGUCAAAAGGAAGUCGUUAGAGUACUCGCCGGUCACGGUGAUGAAGUUAAUGAAAUGAGAUUCCACCAUCUUCGACCGGAAUUACUGUUCUCUACUAGUAAAGACUUUUCGAUUCGGCUGUGGAAUGCAAAUACUGGCGACUUGUUGGUUGUCUUUGGCGGAGACGGAGGGCACCGCGAGAGUGUACUAGGCAUUGUAGGAAUUUCCAUGAAAAUUAUCAAGUCUGAUCUGGACUUGCAUCUGAGCGGCAAUUACUUAGCUUCAUGUGGAAUGGAUCACGCGGUGAAGAUAUGGACUCUCUGCAGCCCGAUAUUAAAGCGUAUUAUUGAUACCGCUGCACCUCUACCCGAAACGCAAAACUCUAAAAGAACUAGUUCAAAAUCAGCAGCGACGUCAUCAUCUUCGACAUCAUACGCAGCACAAGAACACCAUUGUCAAUGUACAGUUCCAGUCACGAAUACCCAGAGUCAUACAUGUCGCGAGCCAGUAUAUGUUCAUUAUCCCAUUUUCUCCAGCACGGAACUUCAUAAUAAUUAUGUUGACAAUAUUAGAUGGUAUGGCGAUUUAUUGUUUUCGAGAUCUACUGAACCGAAUAUAAUACUAUGGAAGCCAGAGGUUGGAUUACCAACAGAAGAAGACUACGAGAACGAGGAUGCUGAUGAUUCUCUCCAGUCGAAAUACUCCUUGGUUGGGGGAAGGGCACUUCCUAAUGCGCAAACAUCAGACUUUAACAUCAUCUGCGAAUUCAGUUUCGAAGAAUGCGACAUAUGGUUCGUCCGCUUUGGGCUCUCACGCGAUAACAGAUUCCUCGCGACUGGCAGUCAAUAUGGUAAAAUGUUUUUAUGGGACUUGGAUUACAUUCCGCAUUUUAUAGACAAGUAUAUAUCGGCAAAGAAGGCCUGUUCUGUGAACAAAAAAGAAAGCAAAGCGAAGAAGAAACAGAAUCUGUAUCUAACACAAAAACCCGCAAGUGUAAUGCGGAAAAAAAAUACUAGCGCUAAAUCCAUCUCUCAAAGCACAGGCAACAGAACUAAACAACUUACAAAUAAGCAAGCGGGAAAGAGGCGAAAGUGUGUAUUGCGAUUAUUGGAAGGUCCAAAAUGCACAGCCACUGUCCGACAGGUUACUUUUUCACCCGACGGUGAAUGGUUAAUCGCGGCUUGUGACGACGGCACCAUUUGGUGUUGGUUGUCUGAAGAGGACGAGGAAACUGAUUGGGACGAUGAUGACACGGAUGUAGACACUACGAUUGACUAG